AUGCCUGGAGUCCCUUCAGGCAGAGCCUGUGACGCAUGUCGUAAACAGAAAAAGAAGUGCGAUGAGAAACAACCCGCUUGCGCACGAUGCAUCCGCUUGAAACUGAAAUGCGUAGGUUCAGGCAUGAAACGCUUCAAAUUCCAAGCGGAAAAAGACUAUACAGUCCUCGUUUCAAACAAAUCUUCAAGAUCAAGCCCAAAUCAUGAUUUUGUCGUGAUGCAGCCAGAGUCUUUCUUUACUCCCCUAGGUCAAAUGGAUGUUUACCCCUCUCCAUGCUCAAGCCCUGGCAACGAACUUUCACUGUUGAGGAGUGCGUUUACCAAGACUAUAAACCGCUCUACUGACCUGCGCUAUAAUCUCUGGUGGGCCUUUGGUGGAUUCCUCGAAGAUAUCCCUAGACGUCUCGGAACAAAUGAGGCGCUGGACCAUGCCAUCGACACGCUGACGACAGCCCAUGGCAGCUUUUGUAUCGGUCGCAAGGCGAGUGUUGAGACACUGACAAAAUAUUCUCACGCUCUGCGGACACUUCGCAUCUAUCUAGACGAUCGGGUCCAUGCACAUUCUUCUAGUACGCUCUGUGCUGUCAUGGUGCUGCUAGUGUGUCAGACUUUCAUGGGCCAGUCGACUCAAUCCUGGUCAGGCCAUUCUGAAGGCGCAGCGCAGAUUCUCAAAGCUAGGAAAUCGUUUGGGCCUCGAGAUGAAUUUGAGAAGAAGUUGUUCUUGUCACUACGUGGAAGUGUCCUAUUUGAGGGUCUUUUCAACGAUAAAAUAGACCUCACACCAGAAGAAUGGCACGAUCUGGUCAGGAGUGAAUUCGACGAAACUACCCCAGAUGGCAGAAUAUUACGCUGUCUAUCUCAUGGCCCAGACCUGAUGAGACGCAUAAAACACACUCACAAAACAGGCGGCGACAAAACUAAUCUCCACGAAGAAGUGUGGUCCACCUACCAAACCUGCAAGAUGAAUCUUAGCGAAAUAAAGCUCCGAGCAUCAGAGAACGACAUCGCAGCUCUGAACACAACCCAAAUGUCCAGGACGGAAAAGCUCAUUGCUAAAUUGAUGUACGCCCAUUACCAGCGUACAUACGGCAUAGGACUUACGAUUACGCUCUUCUUUAAUGGAUUACUUAGAGUACUAGGUGUUCGGGAUGGUAUCGCGACCUUUGAUGCGAAUUAUCUGGCUGAAGAGGCGUUGGCUCUUGCGGAGAGGUCGGUUAUCUAUAGGCCUGUUGGGGCUGCGUACCUGAUUUUUUGCUUGACUUUUGCGUGGGUAGCCACUUCGGAGCCACGGCUGCGGAGGAGUAUUAUGGAUGCGUUGUAUGAUUAUAAUGACGACUUUAAGAUACGGGAUUCGGGGAAGUUAGAGAAGGAUCUUGAGUCGAGUUUUGAUCAUUUCCAUCUUGGGUUUAACCUUCAAGAUGGGUGA